GUGUGUAGUGUGUACUGGGGUCUCGGGAGUGAGAGACGUGAAGUCGUGAACAUGACGGGCGUCGAUGAAAUAAUAAAUUAUCAAAAGAAUCCCGACGAAGACUACUAUGCCUUGUUGGGGUGUAACGAGAAUUCAAGUGUAGAGCAGAUCACUGCUGAGUAUAAGAUCUUGGCUCUGCAGUUUCAUCCCGAUAAGAAUGAUGGUGACAAGGAGGCUGAAGCCAAAUUCCAACAACUAAAGGAAGCCAAGGAGACCCUGUGCGAUCCUUCUAAGCGCGCCCUGUACGACAAGUGGCGCCUCAGCGGCAUUGCCAUGGGGUACAAGCAGUGGCUCGGCAUGAAGGACCACGUGCAGCAAUCCAUGCACUGGAGCAAGCCGAACACCAAGGAUCGUAUGCUAGAGGGCGAGUGCGGCCGCGCUUCGGGCCCCUCGAGCCUGGGCCCCUCCAACCCGGCCGCCCGCCGCGCCUCUGAGGGCGGCGCCGCGCUCUGGGGCCGCUGGGGAACCGGCAACCAGGAACCUCCAUCCGAGGUCAUCAACAAGUUCCGCAACUAUGAAAUCUAAACCUAUCCCACUCCAUUGGCUAGUAAACUAUCACUUUACUAGACCAACACCUCUUGGGACCUUUUUAUUAUUUUUUUAAUCAAGGAGGUUAUUUGUGCCCUAAUCUCUACGUUUUUGUUGUAUCUACUUUAUUAUUGUACUUAAUUUAUUUAUGAAUUUACCCAUAUCACAUUAUUUGUGAUUAUUAUGUAACCUGGCUGUUAUAUUUAUCACUUGCCAUUACAAUUUAAAAACUUAGUCAUGUUAUAUUUGACAAUUUAUAAGUAUAUACUUAAAAUUAAGGAUAAUUAUUAUAAAUUAGUUAUAAAGGCACAAUAUUCAUCAAGUCAGCUCGCGGUAUGUUUCUCGAAUGUGGCUCGAUAUCUUAAUAAUUAAUUAAUUACUGUUUUUUGAGUGUUUAAUGUUGUAAAUGUAUUAUUGUAUUCUGUUUAAAGUAGGAACAGAAUUUUAAAUUAGAGCCCCAAUCCCUAGAUGUCUUAGUGUAAAACACUCUUAGCUGUUACCCCUUAGUCGUAAGCUGUGCACAUUCCUGAUAAACUUAUGAGUCUGAUUUAUUACAUUUCUGCUAUAGAACAAUAUUGAAAGUCUACUUGAAGAAUCUCUAUAUUUUGAAGAUUUAUAUUUUUGAUCCUAUUUAUACUAUAAGUAUGAUAUUAUUUUAAAAAGAGGAUGAGAAUAUAUCGGAGGUCGUUGUGAGAUAUUUACAGGGUAAAGUUGCGAGACAGGAUGGUUUGUUUGUUUUCACCUUCUGUAACCUUGACUUCUACUUUCUAACAUGGUCUGCGACCUAUAUAAUAAUAAUUAAUCGUAUUUGUUCCAAGAUAAAUGUUGUGUUACCUGUUAGUUAAGUAGAUAAAUAAAUGUUAUUCUGUGUUAAAUGUUUGAUCAGUAUUUAAUUAUGUGUUUUAAAUAAAUAUAUACUUAAAUGUUAUAAAUGGUAGUGGAAUUUUAAAAUUUAAAUGUUUUGUCUCGAUAAGUAUUUAACAAGCUAAAGCCAAAAUGUGUAAGAUGUUUUUAUUUUUGAUGUAAUUCAUCUUUGGAAAACAAUAAAGGUUUGCUGAACACCA